AUGAACGUGGUCUAUCGUUUUCUACGGAGCAUCGUUUUCAACAACAUUGCUGGAGAUCGUGUGCACUUCAAUGAAAAUGCAGAAUUAGUUGUAGGUUUUGAUGUUACAAACUGGAGGAUUUACCCCAAUGGUUCAGUGAUUAGAGCCAAAGUUGGAAAACUGAACCCUCAGGCUCCUUUCGGCAAAGAGUUAACCAUUCAUGAUGAUCAGAUUGAGUGGCAUCAAAGCUUUAAUCAGAUGCUGCCAGUUUCUGUGUGCAAUGACAACUGCUAUCCUGGCUACAGCAGGAAAAAGAAGGAGGGAGAGAAAUUCUGCUGCUAUGAUUGUGUUCCAUGUCCAGAAGGGACCAUCUCUAACAAGAAGGGUAGGAGCAGUGCUUUUUUCUAGAAAAAUAGGUGACAGUACUAAACAUGAAGUUGUUGCAAUAAAUGCCACACUUUUUAAC